UGGGUUUUAGCUGCUGAUAUUAGAUAUUAGUUUCUUAUUAGUCAUUUAUUAACAGUUUUUGCAGUGCAGUGCAGUUAGUAAAACCCAUCCCCCGACACCUUAAGAGACGUACUAGCGACUGACACUAGCACCAAUGGGUUUUAUCCUCCUUGCUAGCACACCCGCCUCCCAUACCAUGGGACUGUGCUUGUCUACACAACACAGGUUACAUUGGUGCGAUGACCCGGUUUGUGAAUGAGGUUUAGGGCGGUGAGUGUCAUGGUAGCUAGCACGUACAGUGCUGUGCAGUGAGUAAACCUCAGUCCCUGACACCCUAAGAGACGUGCUAGUAUCAAUGGGUUUGAGCCUCUUUACUAGCACGCCUGCCUCCCAUGCCUGAGGUUGUGAGGUUGAUGCUGAUAGAGCGUUGCUAGACUGCUCUCAGCUCAGUUUUCGCUGGCAUUAUGCUGUUGUUUUUCAUGAAAUUAAUGUAUGUCUGGUUGUACCAGGCUUAUAGAUUCCCUGAUUGAGAACCACAUCUGUAUUCCAAAGAGUGUCCUGUGUGCAAGGACAAAACAGAAUUAAAUCAAAUAAAAAUAGCUCAAUAUACUGUGGCCCUGAGAGCUCAUAGCACUGCACAUUAAGAAAACAUAACAGAAAACAAGAAAAAAAGUCAAUUUGACAUCACUUGCGCAGCAUUUAGAUAAAACUCUGCAAAUUCAGACAACACUCCACACAACAGCUGACAAGCCUUUCUUUAUUUCCUCCUCCACUUCCUCUCCCUCCUUCUUCUUCUUCUUCUAUGGAGGUUGCAGUGCGUUGAGCUCAAACUGAUUAGGUUUUCUUAAUUUGAUUGUGUAUUUGCAUGUGUUUUCUUAAAUUGCAGUGCGUUGAGCUCUCACCAUAAAUAACACAAUAAAAGACUUAAAGAUAUGAUAUUAGAUAAAUGCAAAACAAAUAUAAAAAAAAACUAAACAUGGACAGCAAAAAGUUAAAAUGAUAAUAAGAAAGAAAGAAAAAAAGGAUCAAAUUUGCAUAUAUGUAAUAUACUAUUAGGCUACUACAGACAGGCCUACAGCAUAGUCACUUUGUAGGCUAAAUGUAGUCAAGGUGAGAUACUCACGGGGAGAUUGUCUUUGAUCGCCUACUUCAUUUUGUUAUUCGUGCGUGUGAUGUAGGAUUGCAAUUAAAACUGGACUUCCUUCCCACUGCCACUUCCUGGUCUGCCCACUGAUAGGCACUGUGGGCAGCCGUAGCAAAACGCUCAUCAGUCUCCGCCUCUGCUAACGGGAGGAUUCGACGAGACUCGACCCCAAUUCGAAUUUCCCUUUAAUAUUUGUUCGUCCUGUCCAUAGCGUACUUCUCAAUAUAAAGAUAUUCGCUUGCAAUCGCUGAUGUAUUUUGUUUACAGACCGUUUGUAAUGAGAAAAGAUCUCCACGAGAGGCGGAAUCUAUGCUUGGUCGUGGGAUGUAGAAAUCCGUCAUGCAGGCCUGAGGCUAUGUAGUAGGCUACUUCUCCAAGCUGGGUAGGAAAGCAAAGGAUGUGGAUUUGGUAUAUUUUGCUAACUUCUGGGUCAGGACCUAACUUGGCUGGCAGCCAGCCUCCCCCAGGAAACACCACCGCCGCCGCUACCUGCAGCAUCCCAGGCAACUUCACGUGUGAAGAUGGACAGUGUGUCCCUGGAGCUGUGCGCUGUGAUGGACAGCCUGACUGCUUCGACAAAAGUGAUGAGAGGGGCUGCGCCAGGGUGAGGUCCAAGUGCUCCCCUACUUUCUUUCCAUGUUCCAAUGGUGGCCACUGCAUCAUCGGGCGGUUCCACUGCAACGGCUUUCCGGACUGUCCAGAUGGCAGCGAUGAACAUGACUGCGUAGAGAAUCCCGACCUCUGCGCAAGUGCCAGCAGGUUCCACUGCAAAAACGGCCGCUGCGUUCACCGCAGUUUCCUGUGUAACGGUGAAGACAACUGCAGGGACAACAGUGAUGAAGAGUACUGCUUGAUCACGACAGCUGCGUCCCCCCAUCGAGACCCUUCUCCCCUGGACUACUCUGGCAUGACUGGGGUGGUGACGUGCUGCGCUCUCUUCAUUGGCCUGCUCUCUGCUCUGUUUGGCCUGGUCCUGCACCACCAGAGGAAGCGCGGCAUCCUGACCGACCACAGCACUCAGGCCAGGCACCAUCAGCCGCUGCUGCUGUCUCACUUCGUCAUCCUGGACCCGGGCUACCCACGCCUGUCCCCUCCCUCGACCGCACCCUCGAGUCCCAGCCCUUUCUCCUGCAGUCCGCAGUCUCGGCCGCCCCCGGCUGGUUCUCCGCCGCCAUACUCCGAGGCAGCGCUGGAUGCCAGUUAUCCCUCCUGGUUUGACCUUCCACCUCCACCAUAUCUACCCGAUGCAGACGGCUCGCCCCAGACUGCCCCAGAUCUGCCCCCAUAUGAAGCCUGCGUGGAGCAUCCAGAAACGACUCCUCAUGACAGCCUUGCACACAGCCCUCCGCAUGCGAGCCCACUCAGGGUUUAGCACUUCAACAGCAACUCACAGCACUGUCCAGCACGUACAGGAGCGGACCCAUGCUGACUAGCACUCACAUAAUAAACUACAUAGCAUCUGUCCUUUAAACAUGUUAUUUGAGGCAUGUCGUGAAAAUGCCUUUUUGAAGUCACACAAUUCUUUCCCACUCACUGUCACUAAAAUCUUCAAAAAUUGGAUUGCUAUCUGAAAUGUAAUUCAGAAUAUGCAGAGAAUGGUUGUAGUGCAGACCACCCUGAGAAAGAAUGAAGGACAUAGAAUGAAAAUGACUGUGUGAUUCACACACCAAAUGCUUUUUCCCCCCUCUUUCUUUCUUUCUUCUGAGAUGAUGAAGAAUGGGCACCCGGUUCCAUUACCUAAUCUAAAUGACGUGCUGGUUGUUGCCAUAUCAACAACACUAUUUGACGGCCACAAUCAACAGAAGAGACUGUAUGGAGUAAAUAAUGAAGUGAUGUAAAGUAUGGUUCUGGAAACUGGAAUACGUAAAUGUGGCAAGGACUUUAUCUGAAUGGUUAUACUGCUCCCUGGUGUACGUUCUGGUAUUGCACCAGUUUUGAGAGGGAACAGAAACGAGGUUUUGGGAACUUGUGUGAAAAGGACAUUCUGUUAAAUAACAGAGUAAGAGAAGUCACAGAUAUUUGUUAAACACUUACACCGUGGGGACUGUACAUUUUCAAAGUUCACUGUAUUCCUCACAUUUCUGUCUUUACGUUCCUUGUCAUUUCGUAUUUAGAGAAAUAUUUUUGUAAAAAACAAACAAAAGAAUGGAUGAAUGAUAGAAGGAAAUUCAAUAUAGACCAACUGAUUUUUUGUCAGAUACAAAUUAUUUAUGAAGAAUAAUGUUUUGAGAUGCCCACAUUACUGUGUUUGUGAUCAUUGACAAUGUUGAAGUGUUAACAUGUAGAACCCACUAGGUGGCGCUCCUUACAUUUCAAAAUGCUGCUGUUGUCCUUUUCAUUUAUAAAGACCAUAUGAAGUCACCCUCCA